AUGACAGAAAUUAUGGAUGCUUUAUUGAGGAUGAGAAGUAAUUUGAAUUGCGAAACAAAGUUUGCUCAGUGCAGGUCCAUAUUGGGUACUUUGGAUCACUCUUCAUUAUGGUGUUACUCACCAUUGUCUCAACACCUUAAUAUUUUACUGAGAGUUCUUCGGGCUGUGAAGGAAGCAGUCUCUGUUAUUUUAAGAAGAAAAUUCAAGCUACCAACAAGAACUGUGGUGGAGGACAUCGGCAUGGGCCUUGCAGCAGCCGAAGUUGCUGGAAUGAAGUGUAUCGUAACCAAAAGCAGGUACACAGCUGAAGAAGACUUUCAAAAUGCAUAUGCAAACUUUGACUUUUUUGGAGAUUCGCCGGAGGAGCGAUUUUACUUGGGAACCUGCAGAAGCCUUUUGUCAAACAGUAGCAGUUUAUGAAUUAAAUUCAUUCAAAACCGGUCCUCCAUCUACAAAUUGUUGGUGAAGGUUUACAAAAUGUUGGUGAGGAGUCUCAUGAUCAUGAAAUGAUUGAAGACGAUUUCUCGAAGGUUGAAAUUUCAUGGAGUUUUGGUUAGAGUGGUUGUAUAUGAUUUUACUUUUGAUUGUCGGGGUUUACAGACUCUGCCCCACCCAUUGUAUGUUUUCUCAAGUAAUAUAAUUUGGGCGUGAGGGUCUAGCCCCCCAGCUUCGACUGGGUUUCAGCCCUCUUAAA